AUGGCAACCAACUCCUCACUCGUUGAUAUUUCCAAGCUCUCUCCCAAGUUUCAAGCUCUUUACGCCAAAGCUAAAGAUUUCGUCGAGAAUGAGUGCAUUCCUGCAGAACCUGUUUUUUAUGCCCAACUUGGUCAAGGCGUCAAUCGCUGGAAGGUUGUACCUCCAGUGAUGGAAGAACUCAAGGCCAAAGCACGUGCCCUUGGACUUUGGAACUUGUUUCUUGGACAAGAGUAUCCUGAAGGAGCAGGAUUGACCAAUUUGGAAUACGCAUUGAUUGCCGAACUCACAGGCCGUUCACCGCAUUUGGCACCACAAGCCAUGAAUUGUUCAGCACCCGACACUGGCAACAUGGAAGUCUUUGCAAAGUAUGGCACGCCAGCACAAAAGGCAAAAUGGUUGGCACCUCUCUUGGAGGGCAAGAUUCGUUCGGCAUUUGCCAUGACAGAGCCAGCCGUGGCCUCUUCUGAUGCUACCAAUAUCGAAACCAACAUCCGUCGUGAGGGCAAUGAAUAUGUCAUUAAUGGUCGUAAAUGGUGGAUUUCGGGUGCAGGUGAUCCACGUUGUGCUGUUUAUCUCGUUGUCGGCAAAACUGAUCCCCAUCACAAAAGCAUCCACAAGCAACAAAGUCUCGUGAUUGUGCCUUCCGAUACACCCGGCAUUACCGUUUUACGUCCUAUGCAAGUGCUUGGCUAUGAUGAUGCACCUGAAGGCCAUUGUGAAAUCAUCUUCCGAGACGUGCGCGUACCUGUUGAUAAUAUCGUCCUUGGUGAAGGACGUGGAUUUGAAGUGAUGCAAGGUCGUUUGGGACCAGGUCGUAUCCAUCACUGCAUGCGAUGUAUCGGCAUGGCAGAGCGCUCGUUGGAGCUUAUGAUCACUCGAGUAACGGAUCCCUCCCGUCGCACCUUUGGAAAGAACCUUUCUGAGCAUGGUACCAUUGUUCAAGACAUUGCCAUGUCACGCAUUGAAAUUGAUCAGGCCAGAUAUUUGGUUCUUGGUGCCGCUCACAAGAUCGAUCAAGCAAAGGCUAAAGGUGCUAUGAAAUUGAUUAGCAUGGCAAAGAUUGCUACGCCAAGCAUGCUUUUGCGUGUCAUUGAUCGUGCCAUGCAAGCUUACGGAGCUGCAGGUUUGUCUCAAGAUACCCCACUCGCAUUCUUUUAUGCUCAGGCACGCACCUUGCGAUAUGCCGACGGUCCCGAUGAGGUCCAUAAGAACCAGCUUGGCAAAAUAGAGUUGCGUCGAUCCACAGCCAUUGCCAACAAGUUGAAGGAUCAAAAAGCCAAGGCUGAGAACUUGAUCCUCUCGUCAAAAUUGUAG